ACGAUUUCACAUAUUUAUAUUGUAUACUUGUUCAUACGAUAAAAAUCCAUAAAUUAUCAAAGUAAUCCACGUUUUUUCAUUUCUUCUUUCUUCUUCUUCUUGUUCUUGACACUUCUCCAAUGGAUCCAAGAUUGAUAGUAACUCAAAUCGGAAACAUCGAUGAAUUGUAUGAGGUUAUCCAUGAGAAUCCAUACAUUCUUGAAAGCAUUGAUGCAGUACCGUUCAUCAACACUCCUCUUCAUGUAGCUUCUGCUUCUGGGAACCUUCCUUUAGCCAUGGAGAUUAUGAAUCUAAAGCCAUCAUUUGCUAGAAAACUUAACACGUAUGGUUUAAGUCCAUUGCAUCUUGCAAUAGAAGAAGGUCAAACACGGUUGGUUCUAAGUUUACUCAAGGUUGAUCCUAACCUUGUUCGCCUUCCAGGAAGAGAAGGCACGACGCCGUUUCAUCAAGUAGUGGGAAGAGGAGAGACUGAUCUCAUGACAGAGUUUCUCUUAGCUUGUCCUGGUUGCAUUAGAGAUGCUAACGUCAAUGGUGAAACCGCUCUACACAUCGCGGUUUUAAACGACAGGUACGAAGAGCUUGAACUGCUCUUGGGAUGGGUUCAGAGACUGCGUCAAGCAGACGCUGAAUCGCUAGAGAUGCAAUUUUUAAACAAACGUGACCAAGACGGUAACACAGCCUUGCACCUAGCAGCAUAUCACAACAGAUUCAAAGAAGUGAAGCUGUUGGUAAAAUGUCAUGCGGUUAACCUAAACGUUCGUAACCGGAUCGGUUUAACAGCUCUAGAUAUCUUACAGAACCAGGGGGAACAUCAAACGAACAGAAACAUCGAAAACAUUGUUAGAAAAUCGGGAGGUAAGACCGGAAACUCUCUGCCAAAACCCAAGAAAGUGUCGGAAAUCUUGAGAACUCCGAUUGGUUUCACAGAGCAUUUGUUCACACUGACAGCACGGUACAGGAACCAGACAUCAGAAGGAACACGAGCUGCGCUUCUAGUGAUAGCCGCACUAAUAAUCACAACUACUUAUCAAACAGCUUUGCAGCCACCAGGCGGUGUAUACCAAGAAAAUGCAGCUGAGGAAAGCAAGAAGAGUGUUGGUACUAUAGUGAUGAAUCAUAAAUAUUUCUAUGUUCUCCGGAAUGUGAAUAGUAUGGCUUUCGUUGGAGCAGUUUUCAUGGCGUUCUGUUUGUUACCAGCUGGUGAAGGAUAUGUAUGGUGGUUCAUGUGGAUUGCAGUGCCCUUAUAUGUUUCUUACUUGGUUUCAAUGUCGGUUAUAUCUCCAGAUACAGUGUGGUAUUUCUCUACUAGUGCGGUGUCCGUAUUAAUCAUUAUUGCUGUGUACAUGGUUGUGUAUUUGGUGCGGUGGAGGCGGUCUAAGAAGAACAUACCUGGAACCACAAGUGAGUUGAUUCUUGAAGGCUUGACAACAUUUGAUUUAGCUAAAGGAGUUGAAUGAAGGUAAAGUGAGUUCUGUAGUUUUCAUUCUAUGUAAGAUUGUUUCCAUGUAAUAAGAAAAUGAAUCACAACUCUGCUAUUAAAGGAGCAAACUAAUUGAAAUGGUAGCAACCAAGCGUUGAGCUUUUCUCUUAGAACAAAUGUGUUUAUGAAUCACUCCCAUGAGAUUAUUAGUAAAAGAAUCUGGUGGAUGCAA